AUGAGCGGCAAAGGCGGGUCUCUGCCGACAGUAUCUACUAAUAAGAAGUCUAGUAAACCAGUAUUACCUCAAAUUCAACGACAUCCAGCCUAUUAUGAAGAUCCAUACAAAAAUUCCAUAUUGUUUUCAUUCAAACUAAAAGAUAGACAAGAUGAAAAGCUGCAGCAAAUUGUCAUUGAACAUGCAAAAAGAGAAGAACAAGCAACACUUGAAUCUUCUGGUGGAAAAAGUCGACAGCGAGAAAAAUCUCCGGAAUGCCCAAAAACGUGUCUCAGCGAAGAUCGUGCAAUUCGAAACAAUUAUUACUAUAUGAAGGAACGCGUUGCACAAUUACCGAUAACACCAGCCUCAGAUGAAUCAUUUAAACACAUUAUUGAGCAUUUUAUUGAUAAAAAACUAAAAGAAGGUCCACAAAUGAAAGCUGUUAUUCAACGAUUUAUUAGUGAAACGAAAGUUUUGUAUGAGAAUAGUAUGAAAAAAAGUCAAUUGCAACAUGUUCUUGUUGCACCACAUGUGAAAGGUCUCGAAAAUGAAGCUGCAGGUCCACCACCUCCAGAGUUAGUCGGAUUCGACUUUUCGAGCUCAUGGGAAACUAGCUUUCAAUUAAGUCGUGAUGCAAUCAAAGAACAUCUAUAUAUUGUUCAUCCAACACAUCGACAAGUACUUGAAUUAUGUAAUAGAACGCUUUCACCAAGAAUUAUGGUCGAUUUCAAACGAAUCAGAUCCUUGGGUGCAUUAGACUUUCCUCAUUUACGUGCGUUUGUUGUACGUGAUAUUGAACGUAACGAAGAUUAUCUAAGUGCAAGUUGGUUUCCACUUAUCUGUCAAAUAUUUCAAACUGGCCAAAUUCAAGGCAUAACAACAACACCAGAGAAAACAAAUUCGUUCUAUAAUUCAAUUAAUACACUCGUAUCGAAUCAACUACGUGAGCUUCUCGAACGAAGUAUUGAUACGUGGUGCUCAUUAUUCGAUCCAAAAGAUCAAGAUUAUCUUCCGAUAAUUAAAAUUGACAUUAUUCUUAAUGAUGACGAUUCAACAAUUAGUAAAAUUGAUUUUCAACCAAUGAUGCCUGACUUUGUAAACGUACUUCGUUAUGUUGUUGAUAAAAUUGCACUGUCAAUCAAUGGACCUAAUCGCAUACGUGUAGCGACAAUUCAAUCAUUUUUAAAUGGUGAUGAUAAUAUUGCACUUGAUACUCGUCUAUCACAAACAGUUAUUGAUCGAGCUUACAAGCAGUUAGCUGAUUUAACUGAAUAUUACUUUCAAGAGCCACGGCAAUUAUUAAAAGCAUAUGAAGAUAAAUACAAUUAUCUGAUUGACGGACAAGCCCAAGCAGAUGUAGAAAAGUUCAAUACAGAAAAUCAUACUUUUGAUGAAUAUACACGAGAAUUCGAUCGUUUUAAUGAUAUUAUCAAACAGAUCAUGCUCGAGCCUACAACUGUAGAAUUCCCAUUACUUCAAACAAAUAGUGAACAAGUUAAACAAGGUCUUGUGGAAGCGGCACGUAAACAUCGUAAUACAUUAUUUGAAAAACUUGUUAACGAUUAUCGUACAGAAUGUCACAGUAUUUGCACUGAAUUCGAAUCAGUUAAACAACGUGCUUUAGCUAAACCAGCAACUACUGCUGAACUUAAUGACAUUAUUAAAUAUAUUGAUAAUGCUAAAGGAGAAAAAUCAUUACGUUUAGCACAACGAAUAAAAGAAGUUCAACGUCAAAUGGAAUAUUAUCUGGACGAAUAUCUCUUUUCGGAAGACGAUAUUCGAUUAAAUGCCGAUACACUUUUAUGGCCCACUAAUAUUGGACCAGUAUUUGAUGCAAAUGAUGAACUUACUCAACAAAUCCGUGGCAAAAAUGAACAAAUUCUUAUGGAAAGACGUGAACGUCUAUUGGCAGAUUUACAAAAGAUGCAACGUCGUGUUGAUGAAUUUGCUGAUUAUGGCGAAUUAAAUAUGAUGGGCGAAUAUGCACAAGAUGUUAAACAGAUUCAAAAGAAAAUCGUUGAAGUUGAAAAUGAAAUCGAAUGGAUCAAUCAAGAAGAAAAUCAAUUCCGAAUGGCGAAAACAGAGUAUCCACAAUUGGAAGCAAUAAAAACAGCAGUUGAUCCAUACUUUCGUCUAUUUACAACGGUUCGUAAAUGGCAAGUUGCCGAAAAGAAAUGGAUGGAUGGUGCAUUUCUUGAGUUGAACUCUGAAAAAGUCGAAGGCGAAGUUGAAGAAUAUUUACGUGAAAUAUUUAAAAUCAAAAAACAAUUUACAAAUUUAGUCAAAAAGAAAAAACUCGAAUUAGCUAAUAAAGUUAUGGAACGACGUAAAGCACGAGGAAAGAAACGUAUGGAAGACGAAGCUGGUGGCGAUGCUUCUGGGGCUGAUGCCGAUGCCGUCGAAAAAGAUGAAGAUGAACGAGAAUUGGAAAAACUUGAAAAAAGUGAUCCGGAAAUGUUACGCAUUUGUACAGUUAUACUUGAUCAACUCGAUACUUUUAAGGAACACUUACCUGUCAUAAGUAUAUUGUGUAAUCCGGGUAUUCGUACUCGUCAUUGGGAGAAAAUGUCAACAAUAUUUGAACGUAAUCUUAAACCAGAUACAGGUACAACACUUCGAAAAGUUUUACAACUUGGUUUGGAACCAUAUAUGGAACAAUUCGAAAUAGUCAGCGCUGGAGCAUCGAAAGAAUUCUCAUUAGAAAAGGCUCUAAAAAAAAUGCAAGAUGAUUGGGAACCUGUGAUGUUUAAUACAAGUAAAUAUAAAGAAACUGGUUUAACUAUCUUAUCAUCGGUUGAUGACAUACAAACAAUUCUUGAUGAUCAUAUUGUUAAAACGCAAACAAUGAAAGGCAGUCCAUUUAUUAAACCAUUUGAAAAUGAAAUUAAAGCUUGGGAAGUUAGACUACUUUUAAUUCAAGCUAUUAUUGAUGUUUGGCUUAAAGUCCAAGCUAAUUGGCUUUAUUUGGAUCCAAUUUUUUCAUCUGAAGAUAUUAAUCAACAAAUGCCCGAAGAAGGUCGUCUUUUUUCCAUAGUCGAUCGAAAUUACAAAGAUAUAAUGCGUCAUCUCGAUAAAGAUCAACACGUAAUGGCAGCAACUAGUCUAACGGGUUUAUUGGAUAAAUUAAACGACAGUCAUACUUUACUUGAAAAGAUCAAUAAAGGUUUAAAUGCCUAUCUCGAAAAGAAACGCUUGUUUUUUCCACGCUUCUUUUUCUUAUCAAAUGAUGAAAUGCUUGAAAUUCUUUCUGAGACAAAAGAUCCAACACGUGUUCAACCACAUUUGAAAAAGCUAUUCGAAGGCAUUGCUAAACUUGAUUUCGAUGCUAAAGUUGAUAUACACGCAAUGAUGUCAAGCGAAGGAGAGAAAAUUAAAUUUAUUCGUUCAAUCAGUACAUCAGAAACUAAAGGUGCUGUAGAAAAAUGGCUAAUCCAAGUUGAAGAUGUUAUGCUUAAAUCAGUUCGACAUGUUAUUGAACAAUCUUAUGUUGCCUAUCCAAACGAAUACCGCAGUGAAUGGGUUACGAAUUGGCCUGGCCAAGUUGUUCUAUGUGUUUCACAAAUUUUUUGGACAACUGAAGUCAAAGAAGCACUAGUAACUGGUGUUAAAGGACUUGGAGAAUAUUAUGCAAAACUUGAAGCACAACUAGGUGAUAUCGUUGAGCUUGUACGUGGUAAAUUGAAUAAACAAACACGUAUAACACUGGAAGCUCUGGUCGUUAUUGAUGUACAUGCAAAAGAUACAGUGAAAGAUUUAGUCAAUAAACAGGUACAAUCAGAAAAUGAUUUUAAUUGGUUAGCACAAUUACGAUACUAUUGGGAAGAAGAUGAUUGUCGAGUACGAAUUACCAAUGCAGCAGUUAAAUAUUGUUAUGAAUAUUUGGGAAAUACGCCACGUCUCGUUAUUACACCUUUAACAGAUCGUUGUUAUCGAACGCUUGUCGGGGCUUUUCAUUUGCAUUUAAAUGGUGCUCCAGAAGGGCCAGCCGGAACAGGAAAAACUGAAACAACAAAAGAUCUUGCUAAAGCUCUUGCAGUGCAAUGCGUCGUCUUCAAUUGUUCCGAUACUAUGGAUUAUAAAGGUAUGGGUAAAUUCUUCAAAGGUUUGGCUUCAUCAGGUGCAUGGGCAUGUUUUGAUGAAUUCAAUCGUAUUGAUCUUGAAGUAUUAUCUGUUAUUGCUCAACAAAUUUUACAAAUUAUUCAAGCAAUACAAGGUAACAUGGAAAAAUUUGAAUUCGAAGGAACUGAAAUUCGACUAAAUACAAAUUGUUAUGUCUGCAUUACUAUGAAUCCUGGUUAUGCUGGUCGAUCUGAACUGCCUGAUAAUUUAAAAGUACUCUUUCGACCUGUAGCUAUGAUGGUUCCUGAUUAUGGUCUUAUCUCGGAAAUUUCACUAUAUUCCUAUGGUUUUAUGAAAGCUCGUCCACUUUCCGUUAAAAUUGUUACUGUCUAUAAGCUAUGCUCAGAACAACUGUCAUCACAAUAUCACUACGAUUAUGGUAUGCGUGCUGUCAAAUCAGUUCUUUGGGCAGCCGGUGCUUUAAAACAAAAAUAUCCAACUGAAGAUGAAGAUAUUUUAAUUCUUCGUAGUAUAAUCGAUGUUAACUUACCGAAAUUUUUAGCACAUGAUAUACCUUUAUUUAAUGGUAUUAUUAGUGAUUUAUUUCCUGGUAUAACUUUACCUAAACCAGAUUAUGAUGUUAUCACUGUAAAUAUGCUUGAAGUAUGUGAGCGUAAAAAUUUACAACCCACAGAAGCUUUCAUGACUAAAGUAACUCAAACAUAUGAAAUGAUGUUAGUUCGACAUGGUUUUAUGCUUGUUGGUGAACCGUUUGCUGGUAAAAGUAUGGUCUUGCAAGUCCUGGCUGAAUCAUUAUCAUUGAUGAAUACAAAAGGUGUAGGGGAUGAACUCAAAGUUCAAUAUAAAGUUCUUAAUCCAAAAGCUGUCACAAUUGGGCAAUUGUACGGAAAUUUCGAUUUGGUUUCGCAUGAAUGGAAUGAUGGUGUGUUAGCUAAUACGUUUCGUGAUUUUGCUAUGUCGGAAAAUCCAGAUAGAAAAUGGGUUAUUUUUGAUGGACCUGUUGAUGCAGUUUGGAUUGAAAAUAUGAAUACUGUAUUGGAUGAUAAUAAAAAAUUAUGUUUAACAAGUGGUGAAAUCAUUCAAAUGUCAAAUGUUAUGUCAAUGAUUUUCGAAGUUAUGGACUUAUCACAAGCUUCACCAGCCACAGUUUCUCGUUGCGGUAUGAUUUACUUAGAGCCCCGUGUACUCGGUUGGAGACCACUGGUUGAAUCGUGGGUUAAUCGUGAAAUUGCUGAACCAUUAAAAAUGUAUAAACAUGAAAUUUUAGCACUUUUUGAUUUUCUUGUUCCACAAUGUAUUGAUCAUGUUCGACAUGUCACAAAAGAAGUUAAUCCAACUGGCGAUUCGAAUUUAGUUCGUAGUAUGAUGAAUUGGAUAAAUAUGUGUAUGGGUGAAGCAUUAAAAGAUGAAGAAGAACCGGAAAAAAAUAAAAAUAUACGUUCAUGGCUUGUUUAUGUAGCUCACUGGUCUUGUGUGUGGUCACUUGGUGCAACAGGUGAUACAGAUAGUCGAAUCAAAUUUGAUGUAUUCUUUCGCGAUUUAUUACGUGGAAAAUUUGAACCUAUACCCGAUAUAUUCCAAGGCAAAUUUGAUCUUCAAAUACCUGAGAAAGGUCUUGUGCACGAUUAUUAUUUUGUAUUUAAAAAUCGUGGUGAUUGGUUUCCAUGGGAAAAUUUAAUGAGAACUGCUGAAGGAGCUGCUGGAACAGUAUCGAUGAAGAAUAUUCGUCGUUAUAUUGUGCCGACUGUUGAUACAACACGAGUCAAUUACAUGCUCGAUCUUGUUGUGCCAAGUAAACAACCUAUUUUAUUUGUUGGACUAACUGGAACAGGAAAAAGUGCUUAUGUACAAAAUUAUUUAAUGAAUAAAAUAGAUAAAGAUCAAUACAUGGCAUUCUUUAUUAACUUCAGCGCACAAACUUCGAAUAAUCAAGUUCAGGAUAUCAUUAUGUCGCGUCUUGAUCGUCGUCGUAAAGGUACAUUCGGUCCACCGAUGAUGAAAAAAGCCGUAUUCUUUGUUGAUGAUAUGAAUAUGCCACAAAAAGAUCGAUAUGGUGCUCAAGGUCCCAUCGAAUUGCUACGUCAAUUUAUGGAUCAUCGACACUGGUAUGAUCGUAAAGAUACAUCAAAAAUAAUUCUUGAAGAUAUUCAAUUUGUUUCUGCUAUGGGACCUCCAGGUGGUGGUAGAAAUGUUGUUACACCAAGAUUUAUUCGACAUUUUAUGACUAUUGCAAUCAAUCCAUUUACCGAUGAAACUUUAACAAAAAUAUUUUCAACACUUUUUUCAGUUUACAUCAAAGGACAAGAAUUUACUUCAGAUUACUUAUCACUUGGUAAUCAAAUCGUUCAAUCAACAUUACAAGUUUAUAAUGCAGCUGCUCUAUCUCUUUUACCAACUCCAGCUAAAUCGCAUUAUAUCUUCAAUUUACGUGAUUUUUCACGUGUUAUUCUCGGUUGUUGUUUAAUUCGUAAAUCAGAAGUUGAAUCAAAACGAACAUUUAUUCGAUUAUGGGUUCAUGAAACUAUGCGUGUGUUCUAUGAUCGUUUGAUUGAUGAUAAAGAUCGUACCUGGCUUGUUGAUGCUGUGAAAGCUUGUGUUAAAGAUAUUUUCAAAGAAAGUUUCGAUGCUGUAUUUGAACAUUUAGCUAACAAUGGAAGAGGUGGUACAAAGGUAAGCGAAGAAGAUCUACGAAGUUUAUUAUUUGGUGAUUUUCUUCGUCCUGAUCUUGAAGUUGAAGAACGUUUCUAUGAGGAAGUUAAAGUUAUUGAUACAAUGUAUUCAAUUGUUGAAAAAGCCGUUGAAGAAUAUAAUAGUACACAUAAGACAAAAAUGAAUCUAGUUGUAUUUCGUUAUGUACUUGAACAUUUAUCACGUAUUUGUCGUAUACUUCGUUUGCCCGGUGGUAAUGCAUUGUUGGUCGGUGUGGGCGGUAGUGGUCGACAAUCUCUAACAAGACUUGCUGCUGCUAUGGCUAAUUAUGAUGUUCAUCAACCUGAAAUUACAAAGAAUUAUGGUGUUUAUGAAUUUCGUGAAGAUUGUAAAAAAGUUAUGAAAAUGUCUGGCGCACAAAAUAAACCCACUGUAUUUCUCUUAACGGAUUCACAAAUAAAAGAUGAACGAUUUCUUGAAGAUAUUGAUUCAUUAUUAAAUACAGGUGAAGUACCAAAUUUAUUUCCUGCUGAUGAACGUGGUGAAAUUAUGGAAGCUGUUGCUGGACAAGCUGCUGCUUCUCAAACCGAUGGAGAUAAAAAUGCAGAUUUUGGCCCAUUGGCAUUAUUUCAAUUUUUUGUUAAUCGUGUCCGAGAUAAUCUUCAUAUUGUGCUUGCUUUUUCGCCCAUUGGUGACGCAUUCCGAUCACGUCUACGACAAUUUCCAUCGCUUAUCAACUGUUGUACACUCGAUUGGUUUCAAGCAUGGCCUGAAGAUGCUUUAGAACGUGUUGCUAAAAAAUUCUUAGAACAAGUUGAUAUCAAAGAUUCAGAAAAAGAUGCUUGCGUUGAUAUUGUAAAAUAUUUUCAUACAAGCACACAAAGAUUAUCAGAAAAAUUUUCUUCAAAAUUACAACGAUACAACUAUGUAACGCCAACAUCUUAUCUUCAAGCCAUAUCAGGCUUCAAAAUGUUAAUCACACAAAAACAAAAUGAAAUCAUGGCAGCUAAAAAACGUUAUGUUAAAGGUCUUGAUCAAUUAGCUUUUGCUGAACAACAAGUUGGUAAAAUGCGUACGGAACUUGAAGCAUUGCAACCUCAAUUACAAGAAAGUGCCAAACAAACAGCAGCUAUGUUAGUUGAUAUUGAAAUUCAAUCGCGUCAAGCUGGUCAAACACGCGAAGUAGUCGUUGCUGAAGAAGCUGUCGUCAAUGCGAAAGCUAUUGAUGCUAACAAACUUAAAGAAGAAUGUGAACAUGAUCUUUCAGCAGCUAUGCCUGCUCUUGAAGCAGCUAUCAAUGCUUUAGAUACGCUUAAGCCAGCUGAUAUAACAGAAAUUCGUACUAUGCAACAGCCGCCAAUUACAGUCCGAAAAGUUCUUGCUUCAGUUUGUGUACUAACAAAUCGACAACCCGAUCGAAAAAAUGAUCCAAAUAAUCCUGGCAAGAAAAUUAUUGAUUAUUGGGCUCCAGCUAAGAAAGCGCUUGGUGAAAUGGAUUUUAUUAAUCAACUUAAGACAUUCGAUAAAGAUCAUAUUCCGCCUGAAGUCAUGAAAAAACUACGCGAAGAAUAUUUAACAGAUGCUGAUCUUGAACCAAAACGUGUCAUGCAAGCAUCAGUUGCUGCGCAUGGUUUAAUUCUAUUCGUUCGUGCUAUGGAUGUGUAUGAUCGUAUAGCAAGAGAAGUUGCACCAAAGAAAGCCAAACUUGAAGAAGUCGAUAAAGAAGUACGAGAACUUGAAGCAACAUUAACAGAAAAACGUUCACAAUUAGCACAAGUCGAAUCUCGUUUGAAACGACUUCAAAAUGAUCUCGAUACAGCACAAAAACGUAAAGAACAAUUAGAAUUUGAAGUCGAUCUUUGUGCCAAAAAAUUAGUCCGAGCUCAAAAAUUAAUCGGUGGUUUAGGUGGUGAAAAAUCACGUUGGACAUUAGCAGCAGAAAAUUUACAAAAAAUCUAUGAUAAUCUACUUGGUGAUGUCUUAGUAUCAUCGGGUGUUAUUGGUUAUCUCGGUGCAUUUACAAGUGCAUUUCGUGAUGAAGCCACUCAUGCUUGGAUUGAUUUAUGUAAAAAGAAGAAAUUACCAUGUUCUGAUGCGGAAAAAUAUUCGUUGGCCAAUACACUUGGUGAACCAAUUAAAAUUCAAGCAUGGAAUAUUAAUGGUUUACCUAAGGAUGCAUUUUCAGUUGAUAAUGCAGUGACAAUUCAAAAUUCAAAUCGUUGGCCAUUAAUGAUCGAUCCACAAAAUCAAGCUAAUCGUUGGGUAAAAAAUUCCUACGCACAACUGAACUUAAAAGUUGUUAAAUUGACUGAUAAUGAUUUUAUGCGGCAACUUGAUAAUUGUAUUCAAUUGGGCCUACCAUUACUGAUAGAAAAUGUUGGCGAAGAUUUAGAUCCAUCACUUGAACCUAUUCUACUUAAACAAGUAUUUAAACAAGGUGGCGUUGAAAUGAUUCGUUUGGGUGAUAAAGUUAUUGAAUAUUCAAAAGAUUUCAAAUUGUUUAUUACAACUAAAUUAAGAAAUCCACAUUAUUUACCAGAAAUUUCAACUAAAGUUACGUUACUCAAUUUUAUGAUUACAUCUGAAGGUCUUCAAGAUCAAUUGCUCGGUAUUGUCGUUGCUAAAGAACGUCCAGAAUUGGAAGAAGAACGACAAGCAUUAAUUAUCACUCAAGCUGAAAAUCAACGUUUAUUGAAAGAAGCUGAAGAUAAAAUUCUAUUUACACUCAGUUCAUCCGAAGGAAAUAUUUUAGAAGAUGAAGCUGCUAUUCAAACAUUGGAUUCAUCGAAAGUAAUUUCGGAUGAAAUAUCGAAAAAACAAAAAAUUGCAGAAGAAACAGCAAAGAAAAUUGAAGCAUCUAGACAAGAUUAUAAACCAAUCGCUGAAUAUUCAGCUAUUCUAUUCUUUUGUCUUAAUGAUUUACCAAAUAUUGAUCCAAGUAAGAAUUUAUUUAUACUAUUCAACUUAAAAUCAAAAAUUCUACAACGUCGUUUAAAAAAUCUUCAAGAACAUUUCACAUAUAAUCUAUACACAAACGUUUGUCGAUCAUUAUUUGAAAAAGAUAAACUACUUUUUUCAUUCAUAUUAUGCACAAGUAUAAUGCUUGCUCAAAAAGAAAUGGAUAAAAGUGAAUAUCUCUUCUUCCUCACUGGUGGUAUCGGUUUAGAAAAUAAAAAUAAAAAUCCUGGUCAAGGUUGGCUUUCAGAUAAAUGCUGGGAUGAAUUAUGUCGUUUAUCUGAUUUACAGAAAUUUAUUGGACUUCGUGAAAGUUUUGAAGCGAAUCUUGAAGUAUUUAAAUCAAUCUAUGAUGCAAAAGAUCCUAUGACAGUUGAGCUACCGGCACCAUGGAAUGAAAAAUUCGAUCAAUUUCAAAAGAUGACCGUCGUUCGUGUUAUUCGUCCAGAUAAAGUUGUACAAAUGGUUGUUGAAUUCGUUAAAAAGAAUCUAGGACAAAAAUUCGUUGAACCGCCACCAUUUGAUUUAUCUAAAAGUUUUAAUGAUUCACACGCAUUAGCACCAAUCGUUUUUAUUCUAUCGCCUGGUGCAGAUCCUAUGGGUCAAUUAAUUAAAAUUGCUAAAGAUAAAGGAUUUUUUGAAAAGAAAUUUAAUUAUAUUUCACUCGGUCAAGGACAAGGUCCAUUUGCUUCAGCAAUGAUACAAAAAGCUCAAAGUGACGGUGGUUGGGUUUGCUUACAAAAUUGUCAUUUAGCUGUCAGUUGGAUGCAAACAUUGGAGAAAAUUUGUGAAGAUUUUGCAGCGGAUAAUACAAAUCCAGAAUUUCGACUUUGGUUAACAUCAUAUCCAUCUCCGAAGUUUCCAGUCACAAUUUUACAAAAUGGUGUUAAAUUAACAAAUGAACCACCGACUGGUCUUCGAAUGAAUAUGUUACAAUCGUAUUUAAAUGCACCGAUAUGUGAACCGGCAUUUUUCGAAAAAAUUGACGAAGGAAAAGAUGCAAUUUGGGAAAGACUUUUGUUUGGUCUUUGCUUCUUCCAUGCGCUUGUACAAGAAAGAAGAAAAUUUGGACCACAAGGAUUUAAUAUUCCAUAUGGAUUCAAUGAGUCAGAUUUGUUAAUUUCUGUUAAACAACUUCAAAUGUUCAUUAAUGAAUAUAAUGAUAUUCCAUAUGAUGCUAUUCGUUAUAUGGCUGGUGAAUUAACUGAUGAUUGGGAUCGUCGUUGUUUAGCUGCAGUUCUUAUUGAUUUUUACAAUCCACAAGUAGCCGAAGUGCCAAAACAUAAAUUAUCUCCAAGUGGUGUUUAUUAUGUACCACCCAAAGGUACCUAUGAUGAAUACAUCGAAUUUAUCAAAAACUUACCAUUGAGUCAACACCCGGAAGUAUUCGGUAUGCAUGAAAAUGUCGAUAUAUCAAAAGAUUUGCAAGCAACAAGACUUUUAUUUGAUUCGAUUCUUUUAACCAUGGGUUCAACAACUGCUGAAGGCGGAAAUUCAGAUAAAAAAUUAAAUGAUAUUUCUAAUGAUAUUCUUUCAAAAUUACCUAAGAACUUUAAUUUGGAAGAAGCAAUGAAAAAAUAUCCAACACAAUAUAAUGAAAGUAUGAAUACAGUUUUAGUACAAGAAAUGGAACGAUUUAAUAAAUUAAUGACAGUUAUUCGAUCAAGUUUACAAAAUGUGAUUAAAGCUAUCAAAGGUUUAGUUGUUAUGAAUGUUGAAUUGGAAGCUUUAACAAAUAGUUUAAUGAUUGGUAAACAACCAGAAAUGUGGACGAAACAAUCGUAUCCAUCACUAAAAAGUUUAGGAUCCUAUUAUAAUGAUCUAUUAGAACGUAUUAAAUUUCUUCAAACAUGGUAUGACGUUGGUAAACCGCCUGUAUAUUGGAUAUCAGGAUUCUAUUUUACACAAGCAUUUUUAACUGGUGUCAAGCAAAAUUUUGCCAGAAAAUAUACGAUUCCAAUUGAUUUAUUGACCUUUGAAUUUCAGGUUUUAAAAAUUAGUAAAAGUGAUAUAGGCCCUGAUGAUGGUGCAUACAUUAAUGGUUUAUAUGUCGAUGGUGCACGGUGGAAUCAAGACACUGACUUACUUGAUGAACAAUUUUCGAAAAUGCUCUAUGAUCCAAUACCAAUCAUUUGGGUAAAACCAAUUAAAACAAAUGCAUUAAAUAUUGAAGGAACCUAUGAGUGUCCAAUAUAUAAGACAAGUGAAAGACGCGGUGUACUUUCAACAACUGGUCAUUCAACAAACUUCGUUAUGCCAGUAUAUUUACCAACAAAACAUAAGUCUGAACAUUGGAUAAAACGUGGUGUAGCAUUACUUUGUCAACUUGAUGAUUAG